GUUUGACUUAGUUCUUCCCAUGGUCAGUGGUUAGCUGUGCUUGGUAGCGACGAAGGGUGCUAACUUGAUUGUUCUAGCUCUCAACGAGAGCACCAAAUGAUAGAGUAUAUCUAGAGAGAAGUGAGAGCUAGAGAGAGAAGUGCAAUAAUAUGCUUCAAUAUAAUGAUUUUUUUCUUAACCCCUAUAACUACUCCCAAAGGGAGUAUUUAUAGAGAAAAUUGGGGUUGGGCUCCCAAGCCUUGGGCUUGGGAGGCCCAUUUACAACUGGACCGCUACUGGGCCGAAUACAAAGCCACUAAUGGGCUGUACAAAUGAGUAAGUAUAAAAUCCGAUUCUGGGAGGUCUUCUUGGCCGACGAGGGCGUGGCCGACGAGGGCACGGCCGACGAGGGCACCCGGGUUCCUUAAACUCAGGACCAUAAUCCGAGUUGGCUUCUUUUCGGCCGACGGGGGCGUCCUGGCCGACGAGGGCGCCACUCUGUUGUCUUGUGCUUUCUGUUCUUCCGAUUAUGUGAGUCCUGGGGCUCAGACCCAUAUACUCCAUCAUAUAUAUAUAUAUAUAUAUUGAUUUUGAUCUUCUUUUAGACCUUUAGUCCUAUUUAAUCCUAUUUAAGUAGUUCAUUCUCAACUUGACCAAAGUACUUUCCCAAACUGUCCUCUUCCUGAGCAUGGCUUCAAAUAUCUCUAAGUUCAGGGUUUUAGAAUCCGUUAUAUUCUGCGAUCACUAGUAUACGCUUCUCUGGAAAUCCUCAGCGAUGGAGUUCAUGAAAAAACGGAAGCUCGAGGAAAACGGCGCCGUACCCGACCCAUCCUUUCCCACCUCACUGUCGCUCGAAGAUGCACGCAAAAUCAUCGAGCCUUUCACUCGCGAUCAGCUUCUCGACAUCGUCCAGAACGCCGUCCUUCAUCACUCGGACGUUCUCGGCGCUGUACGUUCUAUUGCCGACCGAGACACGACGCAGCGGAAGCUUUUCAUUCGCGGUCUUGGUUGGGAAACUACCACGGAUAAGCUUCGUGCUCUCUUCUCCGCAUACGGCGAGCUUGAAGAGGCUGUGGUCAUCCUCGAUAAAGCUACUGGGAAGAGUAAAGGUUACGGCUUUAUCACCUUCAAACAUAUUGAUGGAGCCGUGCUUGCUCUAAAGGAGCCUAGUAAGCAAAUUGAUGGUCGAAUGUCUGUCACGCAGCUGGCAGCUACUGGAAUGUCGGGUGGACCUGGGGCCGGGAGUUUGAAUAAUCCCGUGGAUAUAUCCUUGAGGAAGAUAUAUGUUGGAAAUGUGCCCUAUGAUAUGCCCACUGAUAGAUUGUUGCAUCACUUCUCGGGUUAUGGAGAGAUAGAGGAAGGGCCACUAGGGUUUGAUAAAGUUACUGGGAAAUCUAAAGGUUAUGCCCUAUUUGUGUAUAAGACAGCAGAGGCAGCAAGGGCAUCAGUGAUGGAACCUGUCAAGAAUAUUGACGGAAAGCAAUUAAACUGUAAAAUGGCUAUUGAUGGAAAGAAAGGAAAUUUUGGACCACCAGGACCAGGAGGAGCUCAGGUUUCAAGGGAGGGGUUUGAUAAUAAUAAUAAUAAUAAUGGUUUAGGAAUGCAGAAUGGUAUAGGAGCUCAUUAUGGAGCUCCAGGAGGGGUUGUUUCAGGUGCCGGCCAAGGGGGUUUUUUCCCGGGUGCCGGAGGUUUCUCUGGAGCUAUGGGUGUGCAUGCUCAUAAUUCAACAUUGGGUGGUGUGGGUGGGACUGGUGUCAACUUGGGUGGUGUGGGUGGGACUGGUGUCAACUUGGGUGGCCCAGGAUUGCCACCUCCUGGCAGUCAAGUUGCAGUAUCCCCUAUGGGUGGUCCUAGUUGUGUUCCUUACAACAGACCACAUUUCAGCGUUGGUGGUGGUUCAACUGGAUAUGCUGGAUUUAGCAACCCUACUGGUGGGUUAGGUGGAAGCACAAAUGGAUAUGUACCCCCUGUGCCUGGCAGUGGUGGACCAGGUGCUGCCAUUGGCACGGGCUCUUCCUCAUAUGGGUUACCUCAAAGCAAACCCGGAGGAGAUUAUCCUUCUCAAGGUAUGCAUUACAACCUGCCUUCAUCUGGAAAUCAAAACCAACACAAUCAACCAGCUGGGGCACCAUCACUGCCUAGAGGCAUGCCUGGGGGCAUUUACCAAGGGAUGCCUUCUUACUAUUGAGAGUGCUUAUUAAGAUGCAAAUGGAUGCUUAAAGCUGUUUGACAACUUGUCGGCGCAAUUGAUUUUAUUGGUUCUGCGGUGAAUGCUGGCAAUUUGAUAUCUGGCUUGAUGGUUUUCAUUUGCAGUGUACUUUGGCAUCAUCUUGACUUCAUAUGCGAUUAUGAUGUGAUCCUUUGUAAUUGUUAAACUUUCAUAUAGAGUAGUGCUCUGUCUUGUAAGGAGCCCAUCCUCCUUCCAAAGCUUCACUUUUGUAACUGCACUUUAUGAGUUUUGUCUUUUAAGUACUUUAUCAUCAUAUGAAUGGCUGCUGCACCUCAUGCUUCUUUUUCCUUUUGGUUGUUGCUGGAGUUUGUCAUUUUGCAAAUUAGCUCAUUGUUUGCUUUCUAUGAUUUAAUAAUUGGGUAAGGUAUCUCUGAUAUCGAUCUAUGUUUCUGUGAUGCUUCUGUUUUUGGGUCCCAACAUCGACAAAGUAAUUCCUGAUGUUGAUCGGUAUUUUCAAUAUAUUCAUCGCUAUUUCAAUUUUUUUAUCAAUAUUGUCCAUCAAUACAACAACAGCGGAGCCUUAGUCGCAGGUCGGCUACGUAAACCAAUAAAAGGUCACUGAAGCUCAUUAACUAAAGUCAUAUUUUUCCAAUCUUUUAUGCCAUGCAUCAUAUGCUCACCAAGCCUCAACAUGCUCAUCUCCUUUUUUACAUCUUCAAUCCUAGUCAUUCUUGACCUACCAAACUUCUAUUUAAGUCUCCCGCGCUCCAGAACUCCUGCUCUCUUCAUAGAUGUUCUUACUUCUCGACAAUUAAUGUUCCCUUACAAUGGAAUCAGUUCUCCCUUACUCUCUAUGUUUAAAGAGUCUACACUCCCGUGAAUCUCCUUGUUUGCAUUCUAUGUUUAACUUUGUAUUUAAUGACUUAAUGAUAACUAUUACUUUAUGCUCUCCCAUAGUCUAAACAAUUGUAGAUGAUAAGUUAUGAUUGAACACCUAAUGUCUUGAAAUGUAAAGCAUAAAUUCUGUGGUUAAAUUAUGAAAUUCAUGGUUGGGUUCAACAUCAUCAUUAAAUGAACUUUUAGCUGCGUCCUCACUUUUCACAUGAGCAGGCCCAUAUCCUAAUGAAGUGUAAGUUUUUUUUAGAAUAGCUGAGGUAUGCUGAAUGGUUAAAAAGAACCAUAGACUAGGAUUUAUAGCUAUCAAACAAAGCUGAAGCCUGAAAGCGAACCCUAAUUUGAUGUGAAAACAUUUUGCUAUUUGGUUGAACAUCUCAUUUUUAUUUUUCUAUCUGGUGUUUCUGAGAAAUUUCUUAAUUGAUGUGAUUAUGUUUAUAUAUGAUAUUCAAUUAUAUGAGUGUAUAAUUAUGAUACUAGUAUGUUUUGCUCUGCCCAUUUUGCUUUCAGAUACUUGAAUACAUUAUACAUAGAUGGGGAUGUUGAGAACCCUAUUACAAAAUGAGAUCAUGAAAGAACGAGUUUACUUGAAACUGGAAAUUUUGAAAGCUUUGAUUGAAUGAUGAUAGGAAUCUGGCUUAGGACCGGUUUACUUGUGGCUUAAUGGGCUGAAUGGAAAUCUUGACUUAUUCGCUCAGACAUACAGUGAUGUUUACUUGUAACUUAACGAAAAGUAUGACUUAUUCGCGCAGACACUUUAUGACUUAUUGGUUCAGCCCAAUUUUAACACUCCUUCCCAUUCAGACCUAGCUAUACGUAUGCACUCUCUUUUUUAACCUUGGUUCUCCAUUCGUAGAUUUCAUCGCUGAAGAUCUCCAGACAUCUGCGACUUGUGAACUUCACCAGCCGGACCAACGAACAUCACCCAUCUUCUCAUCAAUCUCCCACCACCUUCCUCAAGUUGUAUUCUGCCACCCAGCUUCUCAAUCAAUUGUGAGUCCGCAGCAUUAGGGAUGUCUUUAAGCUUAGAGAGGCCUUCAAAAUAAAAGGGGAGGCAGAAUAUCAUAAAUAUGCCACACAAAAACAAUAGAUAAGUCAUCCAGAUGAAAGCACAGGAAAGAAAAACCGCAAUUGGUCGCGAAGAGAAAAGAGCAACUUCUUUUAUCUGAUUCCUUAAGCUUAUGUGGUUGGUAUUCCUUUCACAUGAACUGAUAUUUUCAUCUUUUGCUAAAUAUAAGUGAAGGAACAACUUUUUUUGGCGUGCAUCUGGACCAUAGCCUAAUUGAAGAAUCACUCGAAGAAUUAUAACUAAAGGAUUAAGAGAGAAACGAGGUGCUAUGGUCCAUCCAAAAGCUGCCAAUGGUGUAAUACACUUGUUGUGUUCUUUUCUGUAGGCAUUUAAAGAUGAGAAGAUGGAGCAGUGUUGUGCCGUCCAUUUACUAUAUUUGUGAUUUACUAUUCAAUUUCUCAUACAAUUAAUGAUACAAUGUAUUUUUAUAGUCAAGUAUUGAGAUCGUUGUUUAUGUCUAGAUGAUUAUUACAUUGUAUUAGCUUACAAUAAUUCUUAUAUGUAAAAGAUAUUUGUCGAUCAUUCAAACUUAUUGAAAGAUUAGAAGAUUGGUAUAUAUCACUUGCUAAAUUGUACAAAUAGUGUAUUGCAUGG